CUGCCCACCCCUAUAGCUCGCGCUUUGUCACCGCUCCUCCUCCAUCGCCUUUUGCCUUUCUCUCCCUCCUCCCUUCAUGCAGCCCUCGCUCCCCGCGUGGGCCCACCCCUCUGAACAACUUGCUGCACAUCCUCCCGCAAAGUCGGGCAGAGCAUCCUCAGCAGCCAUGAGCGGUCAAGACCAACCAAAGAAGCCCCGACACCGACAUCUCCCCUUCCAGCUCGCCGCUUUGAAUGAGAUGUACGAGAAAAAUGAGCAUCCUUCGCUCGAGGAGCGAACCUCCCUUGCAGAGCGUCUUAGAAUGGAGACCAAGACUGUUAACUCAUGGUUCCAAAACAAGCGUGCUUCAUCCAAGAAGCGGACUAGAGGACCGUCGACGGCCGCCAAUGCUGGAACCAACGCCGGCGCCAGUUCCAGCAAUAGCUCAAAGAAGAGUAGCUCCGUGGAGCUUCCCCCUAUCUCUGCGCUCAUUGCAUCCGUCCCGCCCCCUCCGGGCCACGGCUCACUCCCUCUCGCUCCUCACGAGUACGAGGACUUUUCAGAAGAUGAGCACUUUUCGCGGUUACAACACCCGCAACAGCAGUCUUUGUUUUAUGCCGGCAACCCCGGGCAUCAGCAUUUAUACGAGGCCGAACGAAAUGCGCAAAGGAAGGGCCGUACACGACCAACGGCGUACCAGACAGAGGAGCUGCGGAAAGUAUACGACGUUAACCCGCAUCCCACGAAGGAAGAACGCGAAGACCUGGGCGACAGAAUUGGCAUGCGAUAUCAGUCUGUCACCAAUUGGUUCCAGAACCAGCGUAGCAUUGCGAAGAAACGUAAGGAGGAAGAUCUCGCUGCUGCCGUCGCAUCUGUUUCGCACUCCGGUGCGUCGUCGAGGGCUCGCACGUUCUCUCCGUUCCCGCCCACGGCGAGCGCCGCCCAUCCUUCACUCUCUGUUCCACCUGCAACCGGGCACCCAUCGCUCGCCUUUCCACUCCCGCACUCCGUUUCUGCAACCGUCUCUGUACCCCGUGCACGGAGAUCUUCCAGUGCUGCUCCGUCCGGCAGGGUUCCAAACCACCCGCAUACAUUCCAUCCUUCCGCUUCUCGACCAACUUCCCCGCGUGUUGCACCGUAUCGGACACCACCAUCUGAUCGCCAUGUCUCACGGGAGCACCGUCCCCGCCGCACACGCCCCGAGCCGCACCAGCUUGAGGCUCUUAAAAAACUCUUCCGUCGGACCCCGACGCCGAGCAUCGAGGAGCGCAGUGCGCUCGCAAUGGUGAUUGGUAUGGAUGUCGGCAAGGUGACGAACUGGUUCAGGAACCUGAGGCAGACGGCUCGCAAGCGCGCUCGUGCCCGGCAGGUCGGCGAAGAUGGCGAGGAAGACGAGCUUGAAGAAGGGGAAAUUUAUGGAGACGACGGCAGUGUUGACCACGACAUGGAUAUGGACGUCGAUGCCGACAACGUCAGCAUCGCAACCUACGACGUUCACUCCCGCAGCGUAUCGCGCGCGGGCACGCCCUUGCAUUCUGCCAUGUCUGCCUCGUCGGAGCCCUCGCCUCUCAUCUUCGCCAGGCACCCACAGCCCUACGGUUACGAUGAGGUUUAUAUGCGCGACGUCCCCAGAUACACCCCGCCACCUCCGCCGUUACCUUCGCGGCUCAGCGGAGAGGGAUCGCAUUCCCGUCCUGCACAUAUGCAGUCGCGAUCGUAUCCACGCCCCAGCAUGCAGUCAUCUAGCAGCAGUGGACUGUCGCACGGUCACUCAGAUGACGUUGACUCGCAUAUGGCUAGCGAGGAGGAAUACCAGGAGGCUGUGACGCCGAGCCCGGAGUCGUCGCCCCCGCCGUCGGUCAGCGUUCCUGAGACGUACAACCUCACGAAGCAGAAAGUGUUAACUGCGGUGAGCGUCGGCAGGACCGUUGUUACCCGUGACACGGUUGGGAGCAACGUAAUGUCGCCCGUCGACACAGGUGUCAGGGUAGAGGAUGCGCUGUUGUUGCUGAGUUUCCACAACAAUCCCCAUGUUCAUUGAGCACAGCAAGAAAAGUGCACUGCUAUUCUCCACAAUUUGUGUGCGAUACUUGCACCCCUGUCAUAUCAUCGGUCUCGUCUGCCUCCAUCCGCAUAGUGUCUGUUCAUUGGUCGAUUUAUAAUCGGUGUGCCUCCGUUACGUUACACCCCUGUUGUCCAUCCAUAGUACACAUUGUCAUACUGUAAGUCCCGACCGUCCGUAUCGUUAUCUAUUCGUUAUUCGUUAUUUGUGCUCCACCCCUUCGCUCCGUGCAUGAUUAGUAACGCUCCACUCUUGUUCUGUCGGCCCGGGCUGUACUCCCGCAGCCCCAUUCGCAUUGUCGUUUCAGUAAGCAUCAAACAUGCAUCUGCAUAUUGGGAUGAAGUACUUUACAUUGACUGUAUGUAGUUUGUCUGUCUUAGUAAUUCAAGGCCUUCUCGAGA